AUGUGUCCUGAGGUUGAGGCAGUCGGCGACCAAGAUCAUGCCAGAAAUAUCGCCCCUGACCCGGUUCUCGAGGAAGAAGACGAUCCAACAUAUGGCGACGACGCGAUGACCGAGACACAGUCCGUCGCAUCGUGGAUAAGAGACUAUCGAGUCGAGAAUGGCCGAACAUACCACGCCUUCAAGGACGGCAAAUACUGGGGCUCCAACGAUGAAGCCGCCAACGAACAUCUCGACAUAGGCCACAAUCUCUACACCAAAACCCUAGGCGGCCGCCUGUUCCUCGCGCCCAUCACAUCCGAACCAACACAAAUCCUCGAUCUCGGCACCGGCACCGGCGCCUGGGCAAUCGACAUCGCCGACGCCUUACCCACGGCUAUCGUAACCGGCACAGACCUUUCACCAACUCAACCCUCAUGGGUCCCUCCAAACCUACGCUUCGAAAUCGACGACAUGGAAUCCGAAUGGACAUUCGCCCCCUCGUCCUUCGACCUAAUUCACAUCCGCGGCCUGCACGGCUCCAUUACAGACUGGCCGGUCCUCUAUGCUCAAUGUUUCCGCGCCCUCAAACCAGGCGGCUACAUCGAACAGGCAGAAUAUUCCGCACAAUUCUCCACCGACGACAACACGCUCCCGCCCAACGGCGGAAUCGCAGCAUGGAACCAAGUCGGGCCCGAAUGCCACCAUAAGCUUGGUCGCGAAUUACAAGUUCUGGAAUCGAUGCGCCAGCACAUGCUCGAUGCGGGCUUCGAAGAUCCUAUCGAGCACAGAUUCAAAUGGCCUAUUGGACCGUGGGCCAAGAAUCCCCAGCUCAAGGAAUUAGGACACUGGGUGAAAGCGCAUAUCGAGACCGGGCUGGAGAAUUGGACGCUACGGUUGCUCACGAGCGUUCUGGGCUGGAGCGCAGACGAGGUCAGGAUCUUGUGUGCGAAUGUGAGGCGCGAGAUCCGAGAUCCCAAGGUUCAUGCUAUUCAUCGGAUGAAUGUCGUUUACGCGCGGAAGCCGGGCGGUCCUAUGAAGAUGGUGACGGAUUUGUCUUGA